AUGAGAUCGGUCGUCGGACAAGUGAGCGACUGCCCUUCUCAGAUCAGCAUCUCCGGGACGGUGGAGUCGGAGUUGGACCCCACUGUGGCUUUGGAAUUCUCCUGGCGUGUCCUCGUCUUCUCUUCCAAUCCGCUAUACGACGGCGACAGAGCCCGAGAAGCAGAGAGUGACAAUGACCCGACAACUGUCUACUUGGUGGAUAGGAUGGUCUACAUUGACCAAACUGACGUCUACGACAUCACCAACGCAUCGCGUUUCUUCACCAGGCCAGAUUCUCCCAACAUGAUCAUCAAGGGCAAUGUGCUACAGGAAUCCACCAUCUACAAGAUUCGCCUGGUGAUGGAUGUUGGAGGUGGCCUGGUGCAGGGAUAUACAGAUGUCAGUUUGGAGACUGCCGGCCUUCCACCCCGCAGUGGUACUUUGCUGUGUGUUCCAUUGAAUGCCACCAUGGAUACCCGAAGGGUGAUUUCAGCUCCAGACUGGGUGGCGAAUCUUGGUCCUAGUAACGGGAGAGGCCAUCGCUAG